GUUAACUUUUCUGAUGUUGCGCACUUCUACUGGCAGGCUAGCACCGACGGGGCUAAAUAGCUAACGUUACCAUGACUACUGUUGUUGUGGUCUUGUGAGAAAACGAUCUGCAUAUAAUAGUCAUUAUGGCCUCGGAUGACAUCGCUCAGCUGGCGGAUGUGCUUUCCAAGAUCCACGUCGGGGAUGGAGAGUUGGGCUUUAAAGGCUCUGGUCUGAAGCUGGACAACGCAGAGUCAGUGGAGGAGCUGAUCCGUGAGAUGGAGCAGUACCCGGGCCUGAGAGCGUUGCGCCUGGAGGGGAACACAUUGGGGGUGGAUGCAGCCCGGGCCAUUGCCAAGGCUCUGGAGAGCAAAGACCUGCUCCAGAGAUGCUAUUGGAGUGACAUGUUCACCGGAAGGUUGCGCUCUGAAAUCCCAACAGCCCUGAGGUGUCUGGGCGGUGCAUUAAUGAGUUCCGGGGCAAGGCUGACCGAUUUGGACCUGAGUGAUAAUGCCUUUGGGCCAGAUGGUCUGAAGGGAAUCGAGCAGCUGCUGAAGAGCCCGUCCUGCCACACUUUGCAGGAGCUGAGGCUCAACAAUUGUGGCAUGGGGAUCGGUGGAGGAAAGAUCCUGGCUGAAGCUCUGAUUGAGGGCCACAGUCAGUCAUCAGCGUACGGCGCUCCACUCAAACUGAGAGUGUUCAUCGCAGGGAGGAACCGUCUGGAAAAUGAAGGAGCCAGCGCCCUGGCUAAUGCCUUCCAGCUGAUGGGCAGCCUGGAAGAAGUCCACAUGCCCCAGAAUGGUAUCAACCACGCAGGUGUGGUGGCGUUGGCUUCAGCCAUGCAACACAACCCAGAGCUCCGAGUCCUCAACUUCAACGACAACACCUUCACCAAGAGGGGGACGCUGGCCAUGGCACAGGCUCUGAGGCACCUGAGGAACGUACAGGUGAUCAACUUUGGGGACUGUCUGGUCCGCUCAGAAGGAGCCAUCGCCCUCGCUGCUGUCCUCAGAGAGGGACUGCCGAUCCUCAAGGAGCUCAAUCUGUCUUUUGGUGAGAUCACAGAGGCGGCAGCUCUGGUGGUCGCUCAGGCUGCGAUGGACAAACCUGACAUGGAGAAAGUGGAUUUGAACGGUAACAGUUUGGGGGAGGAGGGUUGUGAGGCUUUGAGGGAAGCUAUGAAAAACAUGAACAAAGGAAGCAUGCUGGCAUCACUCAGUGAUGAUGAUGGAGAACCUGAUGACGAGGGUGAAGAUGCCGCCGAUGAUGCUGAUCAUGAUGAUGCCAGUGACGACUGUAGUGAAGACAAUGAAGAGGACAGUGAAAUUGUGAAGGAAAAUGGAAUAACAAGAAAAGACGACAGUCCUGCAAAACCUCAGAGCCCAGCAGAGAUCAUGUCUGUCCUCAGCUGCCCCUCGGCAGAGAGGCUCCUUCAGCUGGGAGAGAUGAGGAUGAGCCUGCAACAGCAGGUGGAUGCAUCUGACCCACACAAGGCCGCCGACAUCCUUCUGAAAAUCGCUUCUCUGUACAGCGAGGAACCAGAGACCAAAACGGCUGUCCUCGAAACUAUUGAUGCCGUGUUGAAGAAGCUCCUCUCCGGCUCAGUUUUCCAGUCAUACUGCUUCCUCUCCUCGCUGCUGGUCAUGAUGGGACUCCUCAAGGGAGAGGGGAAGAUGAAAAAAGUGUCACUGGUCCCAGGUCAGCUGUUGUGUUUGGAGCAUGCUAUCCAGCAGGAAUACUUCCUUCAGCACCACGCCGCGCUGCUGCACACCUUCAUGUCCAAGAACAGUGGAGCUCUGGAGUCCUGCAGCACUGCUAGUGAGCGGCUGAGCUCCACGCUGGAGAAGAAGUGCCACGAUCAACACUGAUAACCCGCUGCCAUCCCCAGCACUGGGACACAGACACACACACACACACACACACAGACACACACACACACACACACACACACUGUACCGACUUUACGGUCUUCAGUAACAACCAACAGGAAGCUUUACACUUAAAGAAGGGACUCAGACAGCUACUUAAUGUAUCUCCCCUCCUGAUAUUUUACGAAGGCAAACACUGCAGAAUGUCUUAGUUUUUAUUUUUCUUCGUAUGCUUGGGACAUUUGUAUUUUUAUUUUUUUAAAUAGAAAUAUAACUAAUUCACAAGGUAAAGUUUGGGUGAAUGUGUAAAAAUGGAACUGAGUGGUGGUGCUAACAUAAGGCAACAUGUUCAAUGUUUACAACAAAACGUCUAUUUCAAACGGGUUCCCUAUAGCUUCCGGAAAUGUCCAGGUUUACAGAUUAUUACAGGUUUUUUUCCAGGUCUUGAGUUUGGAUAUUGUAUAGUACAUUUUGUAAAAGUGGCAGAUAUUGUGAUAACACAGCUAGAGAUUUUCUGUAUAUUUUAGAUGUAUAUCUCGGAUACUUAACAGAUGUGUUGCUGUUAUGGAGUGCUCAGACAGGGAGGCCUGUUUAUUCAUGUAAAAAUGUAUACAAUCUAUUAAUCCAAAUAAAUCUGUGAAAGAUUAC